AUGGUGGUCUUCAAGGCAUCAAAGUAUAUUUUGAGUGGCUGUUCACCAGGAAAAACAAAAAGUACUGCACAUCGACUUCUCCUAAGUCAUGGAUUUAUUCAUCCUAUCGGAAGCGGACUCUAUAGUCUUCUUCCCCUCGGUCAGCGUGUAAUCGACAAAUUGAUUCGAUUGGUCGAUGCCCAGUUAGAAUCAAUUGGUGCUUUGAAAGUUAGCUUGCCUAUUCUUGGCUCUCGAGUGUUGUGGGAUAAGACGUUACGUUGGGAGAGCAUGGGCUCGGAGUUGUUCUGUAUCAAGGAUCGCCACCAAGUGGAGUACUGUUUACAACCUACUGCUGAAGAGAUGUGCACGCAGUUGAUAUCGCAACUUCCAAAUUUGAAGAAGAGAGUCUUUCCACUACUACUUUAUCAAACCACUGAGAAAUUCAGGGAUGAGAUGAAUCCAAGGUUUGGCUUGCUGCGAGCCCGAGAGUUCCUUAUGAAAGACCUGUAUUCUUUCGAUUUGGAUAAAAACAGCGCCAUAAGGACAUACGACAUGGUUUGCGAUAUCUAUGACCGACUUUUUAGGGAUAAAUUAGGACUGGAAGUUUAUAAGGUGUCAGCUAAACCAGGAAUCCAUGGAGAAUCUCAUUCACAUGAAUAUCAUCUCAGGAAUCCUUUGGACGAGGAUGGGAUCCAUUUUUGUUUCAAGUGCGGAUCUGGUAACAAAAGGGAAGAUGGUCCACACGAUUGCCAAUGUCCCGAUCCUACGUCCGUGAGUUCGUUCUCCACAAUUGAGGUCGCCCAUACAUUUCAGCUCGGAACGAAAUAUUCAAAGGCAUUAGGUGCGUUUACAACUGAGAAGUGUCCACUGGAAAUGUGUUGUUUUGGAAUUGGAAUCAGCAGACUUCUUCCGGGCAUUGUCGAAGUCCUCUUGGAGCCUGAAAAAGGAAUACGAUUACCUCCGAUCCUUGCUCCGUUUUCCGCAGCAGUUGUAGUCAAAAGGGACCUAAUGCUGAACGCGAUAACGGACAUGAUGCUGUCGACCCUAGAUCGUCAGUUGGAAGGAGAUGUAUUAUUCGACGACCGUGUUGAAGAAACCAUAGGGAAGCGAAUAAAAGGACUUCAGGAAAUUGGUAUUCCUCGAAUCGUUGUCAUCGGAAAAGUUACUGAGAGUACGAUAAAUGAGGUAAAUGUUAACAAUUGUUGCGUAAUUGAAGCGUCUUAUCAACCUGCUGAACUUGUCUUUUUCUAG